UUGAAUCCAUGAAGUCAUCCAUUAUGUAAACAACGAUUUAAGUUGUGAUGUAUGCAUUACAUUGCUUGAUUUACAAAGCUAAAAUUGUCAAUUUUGACAAUAGAAUCAUUCAAACCGAGGCCUUCACGACUUGUAAAUAUCAUUUGGUGAUUACGAAAUUCUUGACUGAUUGGAAUACGUGUUACGACGUUCCAAGGAUCAGGAUAUAAGAUUUGACUCAAAAGAACCAUUGGGCAAAAUUUAACCAAACUUGGUCCAAAGCAUCCUUAGAGGUUCUGUUACGCAAGUAUGGCGUCCUGCUGUUCCAAAAUCAAAGAGCUAUGGAGUCGUCCUGGAAAACUUAAGACAGUGUUUCUGGCAAUCAAUAUACUGCUCAUAGUAAGUGGAUUGGCGUGUAUUGUACUGGGGGCUUUGGCACACUCAGAAGCGUCAGAUAUCGACACAGACCGUAUAGAACCCCUAAUGGAUACAAUUACAAUGAAAGCCAUCCAACCACUCGGCGUGGUCAAAAAUCUGUCAAUUAUUCUUAUUUUACUCGGAGUGUUCAUAGUUUUAAUUACUAUAUUGGCUAUUGUGGUGAUUUUAUAUGGAGCUGUUCAUUCAACAAAGUUUGUACAAGUUCGGUAUUCAUCGUUAAUGUUGAUGUGUUUUCUGUGGUCAGCAUUAGCCAUAGUACUGUUGACCAACACAAACAACACGGUAAAUGAAAUGAAAGACAAAAUGGUCCUUGCUUUAAAUCAUUUUAAAGCAGAUGAAACAUCGAACAGCAAUUCUAUAUCGAAUGCUUGGAAUUUAUUGUUUAUGAUACUUGAUUGUUGUGGAGUAAAUGCUGUCGUAUCAACAACAAAUGAUUUUGAUGCUACAACUUGGUGUACUACUUUGGGAUCAUGUCAGGCCACUAGUUCACAGAUUCCAAAGACUUGCUGUCUCAAUGUUGACGAAAACACGUACACUUCGGCUCCGACUGGGUGUCAUGCAAGCGUUAACAGUGGAACAUACAAUGCACAGGGUUGUCAUGAUGCAUUAAAGGAAAAGUUGCUGAAAUACUCAUCGUACAUUCUCGUUGCUGUUAUUAUAACUAUUAUUCUAGAGGCACUUGCUGUGGUGAUAGGUUUCAUUUUGCCUUUUCAGCAUGAUCAAGUGAGCCCAAACGAAUGAUGUUGUUUUAUACAUUGACAAUAAUUACUCGCUGUACAUUAUUUAUGUUCAUCACAUUCAAGAAGGCAAUGAAUGGAGAAUGUCCACCUUGAGUACAGACGAGAAUCUACUAAUGUGUUUUUAGGGGUGAGGGGUGUUUGUUUGAUUUUUGCAGGGUUUUUUUCCGGGUGGGUUUUUUUUGGUUUUGUUUUUUGUUUUUUUUUUUUUUUU